AUGAGCACAGGCAGGUUACUCAGAACUGAGGCUUUAUCCUGGAUGUCGGAUGAGGACAACAUGACCGCGGGCCAGUCCCAGGGCUCCAUCCUGCAGCCUUUCUGGGACUACCUCCACCAGAACCACCACGACCUCUUAAGGAGCCCUCCCUUCCCCGUCUUCCUCUCCGUCACCACCUACUUCUUCCUGGUUGGUCUUUACACCGUGCUGGACCUGCUGGCUCCCACCUGGCCCUGCAUCAACCGCUACAGGCUCCACCCCGACAGACCCGUCACCUGGCCUAACAUCUGGACUACGCUGGGCGUCACCGUCUACAACCACCUGCUCUACAUCUUCCCUGCCACGGUGGCCCAGUGGCUGUGGAGGCCGCCCACCCCGCUGCCCCGUGAGGCACCCACAUUCUGGAGCUUCUCCCUGGGCAUCCUGGGCUGCAUGGUGGUCUUCGACUUCCAGUAUUACCUGUGGCACCUGCUGCACCACCAGGUGCCGUGGCUGUACCGCACCUUCCACGCCGUGCACCACCAGUACAACCAGACUUUCAGCCUCGUCACCCAGUACCUCUCUGGCUGGGAGUUGUUCAGCCUGGGGUUUUGGGCUACGAUAGACCCCAUCCUGCUGCAGUGCCACUGCCUCACAGCCUGGAGCUUCAUGGUCUUCAACGUCUACGUCUCCAUCGAGCAGCACUGCGGCUACGACUUCCCGUGGGCGCUGCACAACCUGGUGCCCUUCGGCCUCUGGGGCGGCGCGCCCAAGCACGAUGCCCACCACCAGCGGCCCGGCACCAACUUCGCCCCGUUCUUCUCGCACUGGGACUGGCUGGGGGGAACCCACGCCGCGCCGGAGAGCCGGACAAGAUGA